AUGAAUAACCUCGCCUACAAAGUUGAAAUGAUCGGGCAACAUAGUAUAUGUCAUUACACGGUCGUGUGGAUAUUCAUCAAUUUACAACUCCUACGUAGCUCAGUUUGCACAAAUCUAAUUGAGAAAACGGCUACAGUAACCAUGACUCCUCAUGAUCAACUACUUCCUCCGAUCAUUACUCUGGACGCAUCGUCCCCGGAAAGAGGCACUUCUCCCACGUCACCGAUGCCAACACCAACCAGAACUCGCGUGCUCUACUGCAGAAAAUGCGAAGGACACGGCGAAAAAGUGAUUCUGAAAAAUCAUGCUCCAAGCUGUCCAUACAUACUCUGCACAUGCAAAUCGUGCGAAAAGCUGAACUAUAAACGUCUGAAGUCCUUCAACAAGCGGAACAAGGAAAAAUUGGAAUUGGCGGCUGCACUAAACGCACAACGUCGAGCCGAAAGUCAGUCUGCAGAAGCCACUGAAUCAGAAGGAUCCCGACGGUCUUCGUUUUCAUCGUGCGCAGACUCACCAGGCACCUCUUCGGCAAGUAUGGACGGUGAACCAGCAAGAAAACAAAGUUCUUCAUCGCGUACCGGUCUCGAGGGACGUAGUAUGUCACUCGGUGCAAUGACCGUAAUGUCGUACGAUAUCUGGAAAGCGAAAUGUGCAGCCGAGAAAAAACGUCUUGAAGCUGAGGGCAAAGGCGUGGGAGAUUUGAAACUAGACGAAGAUCAGCCUAAUGCUUCACCACCGGCUCGUAAACGUGCCCACACAUUUGUCGCUAGAAAUGAACCCAAAGAAAUCCCCAAAGUAUUGCCACCGAAUGCAAAAGAAAAGAAAGGUCGCUACAUCCUGCUUCCCACGAUCCCGGCUAUGAAAGUCUUUGUUGGCGAGGACGCCCCAGCCAUCGUCCCCACGGAACCAUCGAACAUCCCCCAGGAGACGUCCAUUGCCACCACUACGGCACCAACUAAUGUUCCGGCGCUGAGUGUGGCACCAACCCUCCCACUUCAAGACACUCUUCCUCGCCCAAGUCCUAUAGCUGUGACGGCACAGAAUUUCUUCAAUCCUCUUUCCAAUGUGGCUGCUCAAGUGCCACCAGCAGUCGCCGCAGCCACCGCAGCCACCACGACCGCGCCAGCGUUCGGCACUGGUCUGACAGCCGACCAGCUUCUUGCCAGUCUUCUACCUUCAAGUAUGUUGCUACAGAACGCUGGCCUUCUCCAGCAGAAUGCUCUCGCUGGGCUACUUGGCCUGGCUACAGCACCAGCUCUGGCUCCACAGCCGGCAACUUCUUGCGCCAACGAUGUGCUGGCGCUUUUGCGAGCACAACAGUCAGCGCAACUCGCGGCCGCCUUGGCCGCGCCGGCGGCGAAGAAUCCUCUUCUGCCCAGCGGCACUCCAGACGACCUUAUCCAGUCGUUGCUUGCGCAAACCAGGCAACCCAUAUUUUCACACAGUCUGUGAGCUUCUGUUCAAAGAAAUUGUCUCUUUAAGUGUCUAGAACAUCAUCUUCUCGUUCCUUUCACAUUGUUCUGACCCUCGCUAUGAUUCCCGGUUCGUCCAGUACAGUAAUGCUGCAGUCAUUGAACAUUUUUACCCAUACAGUAAUUUCACAAUGCAUUACUGUAAUGGACAUGUUCCUUACGUUUCGUAUAAAUUUAUAUAAUGUAUGCGUUCAUUUUGAUACGGGUAUGUAUGAUGCUAGAGAAGCUAGUUGUGUAAAUUUCCGUACUAUUAUGACAUUAGUUCUAAAUAGACAGUACCUAAUAAGGCUACAACUCUGUAAACAGAGCUUUUCUGCAUGUGUGUAUAAUAUUUUACCUGUAUUAUGUGUUUUUUCCUUUUUUUCUCAUUUUUUCAUUGUUUUAAUGUGAAUUCCAAUCAUUCUUUCAUAACUGUUAAUGCGAAGUCAGGUUUUCUAUUCUUUUCUCAAUCGCUUUUUUUGUUUUGAUUAUAGCGAGCUAUCAUUUCUCGCCUAAUAAACAAGAACCAAAUCCUGAGCAGCUUCGACAACUUACUUGUAAACAGUUUUGAAAAUAGAAACAUUUGUGUUUUUGUUGUAGUUCUAGCCAGUUUUUUCGUUACUUGCAUAGCCCUUUAGGCACAAGCAUACGAUCUAUACAUGCAAUUUUCGUUCAUGUCAAGGUGUUUCUCCAGCGCUCGUGUAAAUGUUUUCGCUGAUUCGCUAUUGUUUCCUUUUUUCAAUUGUGGGACCUGUUGUUCUUCAUUCUGUAGAUUUGUUGUGAAAAAUAAAUUAUAUAAUUGUAUAAUGUUCUGUUGUGGUGUUGGCCUUAUCU